UUGACAAAUGAAAUCUCAGCUGGAGAUGUAACCAAAUGCAACCUAUAAAAGUUUAUUCAUAAUUCAAAACAAAAUAUAAUUUAAAAUAUUUUUGUUUGAUGCUUUUCAAAAUGUCGCAACAGUUGAUAAACGAACAGAGCAAAUAUAUUUUAGACUUAUUUUCUGAACAGACGAUUGAUUCGCAAGCUUUAGACAUCCUCUCCACGCAAGUCCAGAAAAGGUUUCCUAAAACAGAACAUUUCAACUUAUGUCUUCUUCUAUCAUCACUGAUCACAGGAGGAGACUUAUCCCUCCCUGGCCAGCGAGUGGUAGCUCUGGCCAUCAUCUUUGACACAUACAAGCAAGAGAACCCAUUCAGUUCCUUAUUCCUGCACCUUUUAGAAGGCAAACCAGGUUUACUGCCGUUAGCACCUCAGGAAAGGCUGUUUAUUGGACAGCUCUUUGGAUUCCUGCCUGUAAACAUAAAAGAUAUAUUAAAGAAAACAGCAAAGCAAGUAAUGUUAACGGAAGUGGUAUCAAAAGAUUUAGAUUUUGACUAUUCAUCACUGCAAUCAGUAUUAGCUGAGAGAGCGACGGAGACCAGCUCAGUGGCCAAGGCGACUGUGUCAGCACUUAUACCACUUGGUGAUGGGAGUCCGCCUAACCGAAUAGCAAUGAAGGAGUUACUAGAGGCGCUGAUGGGGAAUGACUACCUGCCGCUGCACCGUACUCUGCGCGCUGCCGGACCCAUCCCGCCUCCCACUUUCCUGCUCGACCCCACUGAGAUAUCUUUUGCUGAUGAGGGUGUUUGGAAAAACCUGGUUAAUCAUGGCGCGUACCUACCGCUAUACGACACUGACUACGAAGGAUUGCUUGGUUUAAAACCUCCAGAGAAAGUUCCAGAAAGAAGAGUCCUACAACAGCACAAAUCAAAGGAGGAGAAGAAAGAGAGGAAAGAAGAGCGUGAGGAGAAGAAGCCAGAGGAGAAGGACACUGUGGGCGCGGUGUCGGAGGCGCGCGAGCUGACGCAGCUGGCGCUGAAGGGUGCGCUCAGUGUGCCACACCAGCAGCGCCUGCUGGCACUACUCGACCAGGAACCCAACAUCGUAUAUGAGAUUGGCGUCACGCCCUACCAACUACCGGAGCUGGUGGAGAACAACCCGAUGGUAGCGAUCUCGGUGCUGCUGAAGUUGAUCCACUCGCAGCACAUCACCGAGUACUUCAGUGUGCUCGUCAACAUGGAGAUGUCGCUGCACUCGAUGGAGGUGGUCAACAGGCUAACCACAUCAGUGGACCUGCCGGUGGAGUUCGUGCACCUGUACAUCAGCAACUGCAUCUCAACAUGUGAGACCAUCCGGGACCGCUACAUGCAGAACAGGCUCGUCAGGCUCGUCUGCGUCUUCCUGCAAUCACUCAUCAGGAACAAGAUCAUCAAUGUUAAGGAACUGUUUAUAGAAGUGGAGGCGUUUUGCGUAGAAUUCAGUAGGAUCAGAGAAGCGGCCGCACUCUUCAGGUUGCUCAAGCAAUUGGACUCGGGAGAGGGACAUAAGGAUACAAAGGACAACUAGCCAAUGUUUUUGACUCAAUCCCACGCCCACUGGUGGGCUAAACACGAAGCCCACGACCACUCAACUAUAGGGCUAGUCCCACCAGUGAGCUAAAAACUAAGCCCACAACUUAGUUGUUGGGCUAGUGCCACAAAUGGGCUUUUGUUUGCCUAAUGGCUUAAGUCCACAUGUCCAACAUUGGGCGAUGACUUGUUGCCCACAACUUUGACCGUGUUACUAACGAAGCAAUUCUUACAGACUGUAUAGCUUAAUGAUAUUUAAGACUAAUAACUUAAUAUUAAGUUAGAACUAAGUGUGCAAGAUUAUUUUCUUAAGAUUUGCGAUAUGGAGUGAUUUUUUAAUGUAAUUUAUUUAGGUGUUAGGCAAAACCUGUCCUAUUAUGUCUUAAC